AUGGUACCGCGUACACUCGCCGCACGUACAGCUGCGUGCGUGCGGCGGCCCGACGGUCGCAUCACGCGCGGUCGUACGCGAAACCUUUUUACGCGCGCGCGCGCGCGUUUUAAAAAACGAAUACAAUUUAUCAUCCACAACGUCGCCGCGAUCCCGGCACUCUGUGCGCGAAACGAAAUCGAUUCGCGGCCGCCCGCGAUCACGGUGUCGCGGGACCGUAAUUUCGCUCUCGAACGGCGCGACGCGCGGCAUACGCGGACGCGCAUCGUCGCCGCUGUUGCGGCGGCGGCGCUCUCGGCCGCCGCCGUUACCCCCCGACUUAUUGGGACGGGGUGUUCCGUUCGGAUUGUUCGCGGGGGAACCGCGGGACUCGCGUCGACGGAGCGCAAGCCCGUGACGAAAUAA